UGUGUGUGUGUGUCGGUGGUGGCGAGGGAAGUGGCUGGCGUGGGUAGCCUCACUCUGGUCUUACCUGACGAAAAGAGAGGUGUACUACUACUUCAAGCAGGUCGUUAGCAGGCGCCAUGGACAUCAAGCUGCCAGCGACUAUCACGAUGUUAGACUCGGAUCUCAACAACCAGGACCCGAAUCGCAAUCCACUCCGAGAGAUCGGCAGCAUGGAGGCCUUGUUAAUAACGAUCUGCGUGGCCACGAUUUGUCGCGCCUUGUUCCUCUGCUGCAGCGGCUUUAUCGCUCACUGGAUCGCGGACCGCCGGAGGAGGAUAAACAUGGACCCCCGCCGGCCAGUGAUUCCCCCUCCACCCCCGCCCCCUCCCACGCCCCUCGUGGCCACUACACUACACGCCAGGUUCAGGCCAGGGAAGCUGUGAUCCUGACCAAGGGCACGUGACUCGGGGAAACCAGAUAUACGGUGAAGAAUCCUGCACCCUGCCAUGGACUCCCCCGAUACAAGGAUACUCAAAGGAAGGUGUGCUGGGCCACUCAACUCUGGCCUUCUCGCAGACCUUCCUUCCAGUCUUUUCACGACGGACUGACGGACGUUUCAUCCACGACGUCUGUGACUAAACUUCAUACGGGUGAGGGCCACCCACUGCCACACCUGAGCCUCUGCCCCCGCGUCACUGUGGGGGAGCUAAACUUCAUACGGGUGAGGGCCACCCACUGCCACACCUGAGCCUCUGCCCCCGCGUCACUGUGGGGGAGACGUGACGGCGCCAUGGCACCCCUAAAAACCAAAACAAAAAUCCAGAUAAACACUUUAGUUUUAAGUGACUCGAGGCGCUUACUGAAGUGUCCUUGAGGUUUUUAUAAUUGUUUUUAACCCGAGCAGCUGACACGUGUGAAAGGAAUGAAAGCGGCGCGUUUGUAUACAUGUUUUUUUGAUUGUUUUUGUUUGAUUGUUUUUAACUCUUAGUGUGAAAGGAAGGAAUGCGGCGCGUUUGUUUUUUUUUGUAUAGUGCCAUAGUAUGAUAAGCACUGAAAAGGGUCGCUGAUGCCUAGUGUGCCUUUUCGCUACAAAUGCUCAGGGUUUAGUUAACUUGUGCUUGAGCAUGGUGACUUGCAAGCUUGGGACAUUCCUGUUUGAGCUGGGACCGUUUCUAGUAUUCGUUCUAGUUUUCUUUCUUUGGAGGUUUGUGUUGUAUUUCUGCUCGUACCAUUUUCAUCCAGGUCAGUUUGGCAUUGUCUGGUGUUCAAUACCAAGGUGGUUUUAACAUUUCCAGUGCAUAUUUGGUAACGAGGAAGAGCGUUUAGUUUGUUUCCAGUAUUGGUGUCAAAGCCAGUGUCCAGGGAAGUUUGAAAUUCAUAUUCAGUGCCUAGGUUAGUCUCGCUAGUAUUCAUUGAUUUAAUUACUAUUUUCGUCGUCCAAACCUGGUCUCUCUCGUAUUGAUUUAAUAUGGUUAUUCCACCUUCAGUUUCUAUGCUGCUCUCUAGUAUUGAUUUAAUAUGGUUAUUCCACCUUCAGUUUCUACGCUUCUAAGUUCCAGACAAACUAUAUUAUUUUGGUGUCUUGGGCUUGAAAGUUGCCAUACUUAAGCUUCUUAUAAGAUCUUGCUAAUAGCUCACUUAGUGAUACUUGCCAGGGAUGUCAGUAAUGUACUCAGUCCUCUUACUGCUGUACAUGUAUUUAAAAAGCGUAUCUUGUCUCCUUCGGGUUACGGUAGCUAUUUUUAUUGUAGGUAAUUCUUCCUGUAUUUAUUCCUUGCCGUAAAUACCUUAAUGGCCAUUGUAUGACCUCUUGAGUUCAGAUUUAGAGGUACGCAGACUUAUAGCUACGUCUGUGAGCAAGUCUAACAUAACAGUAAAGCAUUUUGUUACUGUUACUUCAAGCCUUUAGUAUUUCAGACCGCUUGCAUAUGUCUAACAUAACAGUGAAGUAUUUUUACUGUUUUAUUAGUCAUACUUCAAGCCUUUAAUAUUUCAGACCGCUUGUAAUGUCAGGGAACUUGUAGUAAAUUAAUUUUUCAGACCGCUUGCAAUGUGUCGGGCAACUUAAAAAUGUUAACUUUAUAUCACGCAGCUUAAGAUUUGUCGGGCAUUGUAUUUCAUGGACACACCUACAAUGAAUCUGCUGCUACAGUUAAAUGCCAAGGAGUAAUGUAUAUAGACUAAUGUACAGCCAGGUGCUGACUCCUUACGGCACCUCGCCACCAUAUCACGCGCACCACCCUACCGGAUCGCGGAGGUUCAGCGUGAGCGGCAUGGCAAAGGCCCGUGCACUCGCCUUGCCUCCUCUGUACAAACUGGCGCUACUGUGUAGUGUACCUCCAUCCAGCACCUAUCCAAAAUUCGACAGUGCUCAACUCAAUGUGACCGUUUUUUAUAAGUUACGGGCGUUGGGUCUCGGUCAGCGGUGUAUGCAAGACUUACGCACUCGCUGGGAUGUAACGUGUAUUAAAAGCUAAAAAAAAAAAUGUACAAUAAAUCAGACAUGAUAA